AUGAGUAGUCCUUUUGAUGUGGAUUCACUCCCGGACAUAAAGCAGGAGAGCGCCAACCACAGCCACCCAGCGACUGAGACAGGACUACUUCGGAUUCAGAAAGACCCGGUGCCUUGCAUCUGUGCCGAGCCCCUCCCUUCCAAUAUUCUGGAGUGGCAUUAUGUGGUCCGAGGCCCUAAGAGGACUCCUUACGAAGGUGGCUAUUACCAUGGAAAACUAAUUUUUUCCCCAGAGAAUUCCCCUUUUAUUAAACCUCCUAGUAUUUAUAUGAUAACCCCCCACCCCAAUGGAAGAUUUAAGUGCAAUACGAGGCUUUGUCUUUCCAUCACGGACUUCCACCCAGACACCUGGGACCGGGCCUGGUCCGUCUCUACCAUCCUGACGGGGCUCCCGAGCUUCAUGGUGGAGAAGGGCCCCACCCUGGGCAGCAUAGAGACGUCGGACUUCACGAAAAGACAACUGGCAGCGCAGAGUUUACUGUUUAAUUUAAAGGGCAAAGUCUUCUGUGAGUUGUUUCCUGAAGUCGUGGAGGAGAUUAAACAAAAGCAAAAAGCACAGGACGAGCUCAGCAGCAGACACCCCCCGACCCCCCCCCUGGUGCUGUCCCUACCAGACGUGGCUCCCGACGGGGACACGCACCAGGGCCAGCACGGGCUGCAGCUCCUCACCGGGCACACGCCAGGGCCCCACCUUGCGGGCUUGCAGCAGGCCAACCGGCACCACGGACUCCUUAACUUGUUUGCUAUCCUUGGGUCUGCAGCCUUUGCCCACACGGUCAAGUACGUGCUGAGAAGCAUAGCACAGUUGUGAGCUGCACGCCGGACGCAGAGUGGCCGAGAGCGAGGGACGGCCCAGCCUGACCUGGCUGGCUGGACCAGCCAUCCACACAGGGCGGACGGCCCAACGCCUGGGGUUAGCUUUUCAAACACCAUUAAGAGGAAA